AUGCUGCUCACCCUCGUGGCGCGACGCAUGCCCGCCCAUCCCGCCAUUGGUCCGCGGCCUCGCCAAACAGUCAUGCACACAUCCUGGCCCUGCAUUGUUUAUCCAAGAUUGAUACGCCAACAUUGCCGCUUCAGAGACGACAAAGCUAGUGAUUCAAGUUGCGUCACCGCUAUCACUUUGGCACGUCACAGCAUCUUUUGCAAGGCGAAUUAUUGCGAGCGAGAAAACGGUGGCUGA